AAAUUGCCGAUGGGCGGCCGUACGUUUGGCAGCAGGAUUCAGCACCAUGCCACACGGCCGUUAAAACACGCCAAUGGCUCACUGCCAAUUUCGACCGAUACUAUAGCACCGACGUUUGGCCACCCAGCUCCCCUGACCUUAAUCCUAAGGAUUACUUUGUGUGAGGCACAGUUGAGCGGGACGGAAGCGGGUGCAGGCGGCCAUCAACGCGGAGGGGGCGUGCUUCUAAUAAAAAAUGCGGCAAACAUGAAACUGUCAAAUUUAUCUCGAAUACCCUGUACAGCAGGCCACUCGAGCAGAUCCAGUAUUACGCCAGCUGGUUGAGUACAUAAAAAAAGG